ACAGAACUACCAGAGAGGCACAUUUUCAAUCUUCUUCAACAAAUAGAACAACAAGCUAAGGAAGAUACCAACAAUCAUAAGACUGGGAUCUCCGAAAAUUUCAAGAGAAACACCAAGAAAAAAGGUUUUUCGAUUUCUGACAAUCAAGGAGAGGGAAACUGCAUGUUUUUGGCCCUUUCGGAACAGCUUCACCUGAAAAAAGGAAUUAAAAUCUCACAAGCAGAGUUACGGCAAACCGUAGUCCAAUAUCUGAGGAAAAACCCUACGCUGGUUAGUGUUUCAGGUUUCUUGACACAAGUUAUUCAAGUCUGUUCAUCCUUGGUUAAAAUAUCAAAAUAUAUCUUAUGGGUUCUAGUUUAUCUAAUUUCAGGUUAGAACGGAAAGUGAGUACAUUGGUGCAUACAUUACUAAGAUUCGUUGACUGCAAUUGAAAUGAUUCUUGUGUAGACUAUUGUGCAAGCAGCGAAGGCAGUAGUCUAGCCGACGCGCGAGCAUUCGGUUGCACAAGACGUAAUGUUAACCCUAUUCAGACUGGGGGGGGGGGGCUUUUCGAACCCCCCCUCCGGCAAAAUCGUGAUAACUCCUACUUCGAAAGAGCUAUGACGUUCAAAUUUUCUGGCUUUUCCUAAAAUUUAUCUAGGAACAUUUUGGUAUAAUUAUCAUGUCCAUGUGAUUAAUCAUGUUGCCAUGGCAACCAGUUUCUGACACAUAGGUUUUGGAAAAUUUAAAAAAUGGUGAUUUUUUUGUUUUAAGAUCGCGUUUUUACACUUAUAGUGCUUUUUGUUGUUAAAAUGGUCUUUGCUUGGGACUAGUUUUUGAAUCACAUCAAAAUGUUUCAACAUCGAAUAUUUGGGGGGGAGGGGUGGGGUAAAAUUUGUCACUUUUUGGCUUUGACAAAUAUGCUACUCUAUUUUCCAAAUAACACUUCCAAAGUCAUUUGUUUGGGUAAUAAACAUUAGUUUGAUACUCCUUUUAUACAUUCUGAGCUUUUUCCCGUUUGAAAGUUGCUUUAAAUUAUAAUUUUAACAAAAAAACGGAAAUCCAAGAUGGCGGAUCCAAGAUGGUGGACAACCAUUUCAAAUUUUAAAUUUUAUUGCUUCCUAUUGCUUGUUCUAGCUGUACAAGUGUUUCCUUGUUACUAGUUCAUAAGAAAGGAUAACAAAGAGACUUUACCAAUAUUAUUGAUAUUUUACGUAUCUAGGUGGAAAAAUAAUAAGAAACAUUGAAAAAUCAGAAUAUGACGUCACUGUGACGUCAUCAUUGGGCGUGGCAAGGCAAAACUGGGUGUGGGGCUUCUUUGUACGGAGAUGAUCAUUGUGUGUAAAUUUCAUGACCCUAGCAUUAUUGGUUCCAGAGAUACAGGGGGGGGGGGGUCCGAGGAGCCCCCCCCCCCCAGUCACAGAUUGACCAAAAAAGCCCAGUCUGAAUAGGGUUAAGCCUGCACCACGAAACCUCAUCAUCAGAGCGUGCCCCGGUCCUUUUAGGCAAUCUUUCCAUUCCUAUUGAUUGAAUCUAAGGCAUUUUAUGUAUGUGAUCGCAUUUCAGCCGAAAGAGCACAGCUCUCUGAAUGAGCAUUUUAAAUCCCCCCACCCCCCCCCCCCCCCCCACCCCGUCGAAUAUCUAAAAUGGCAUUUUUUCAAUGCAAACCAAAAAUAGCCAGUAAUAAUACAGAGCUGGCUUUUUUUUCCAACGACGAUGUUGACUGCAACUCGGUAGGCAUGGCCAUAUAAAAAACUUCACGUCCCGUUAACCGAAAAAUCUGUAACCGAGCAAUCCUACCUUCUCAUGUGAACCCCUACCAAUCCCUCCCUUUCUUUAAAAGUGGUGAGGCAUUUAGAAGCACGGCUGUGCUCUUUGUAGGAGCUUUACUGAACUACAGUAUUUUUUUUCUCACAGCCGGAUGGUACGGAGCUCUUUCAUUUCGUCGACGGAUAUUCAUCUUGGGAUGCGUAUCUCGCACGCAUGAUGGCAGAUGGUACAUGGGGUGAUCACGUGAUCCUCCAUGGUACAGCAAAACUCUUUAAAACAUGCAUUCACGUGAUAAGCAGUCAUCACGAUGAAGUAAUGAUCUGCCCAGAGUAUGAUGUUACUCCUAGCACCCGCCUUGUACUGGGUCACGUGCAUGAGCUUCACUAUGUCAGUCUUAUUCCACCUAAAGGAGGUAAAGAUGUUUGAUGUUACCCAGUAAACAAUCCCUUUUUCCGACAUAAAAAAAAAAAAAGAUUUAAGUCAGUGUUAGUGAGUCGAUCUUCGAGUAUUCGUCGCAGAUUUAGCGCGCUUAUUUUAAAAGCAAACAAGCUAUGUAAAAUCAGUUUUGCCGCUUUGGAAAUUGCAUAUUUAAGUUAAACCCGACCAAGUAAGUUGCAGCCAGAAGCAGCGGGGAAAAAUAAUUUUCUUCACUUUUCUUUUAUGGAACUGUUGCUGAAGUUUCCUGUUCUCUUGCUGGAAAAUGUGAAACAGUUAACUUGUAAUUUUUACUUGGAAGAAAACCUUGUUCUUUUUUGCUCGACGUUCUCCAAAAGGUAGUUAUUUCUGUUGAGUAUUUGGCGAGAACAGAGUGCAAACUGAAACGAUGUAAUUCAAUGUGCAGCGAAAUGCGAACUUUGACAGAAACACAUUUUACCUACUGUUACGCCGCAAAAUGUAAUAUUAACGCAAAAUGUAAUAAGAAUCGCCGCAAAAUGUAAUACUAACUCAAAAUGUAAUAACAUUUUCAACGCAGAAUGUAAUAAUCUUUCUACGCAAAUUCUAAUAACUUUUCUAACGCAUAAUGUAAUAACGCAAAAUGUAAUAAUUUCCGAAUAACGACGUGCAUGCUAUUUCAAAAUCGGUAUUUUUGCUCAGUCAUCGGUAGCGAAUCCAGAUCUUCAAUUAAAUCAUAAGGUAUUAUUGUUAUUGAUAUUAAUGUUAAUAUUAUUAUUAUUAUUAUUAUUUCUAAUAUUACAAUGAAACAGUCGAAAUGAGGAGAUCAAUCAUCUUUAGGGAACCUAAUCGGACGUUUGUUUCCGCUGAUUUGAACGUAAUACAGGUCCCGAUACAGAAGUAAUAUAUUAUGUAGCUCUAACCUCUCUUGAAUUAUUGCACAUUUUCUGUUAGAUGUCUAAAGCUACAAAAGACAGAAUAGUUAGAUUGAAAAUUCGGGAAAUGUUUCUAGAGAUGAAAUGGGUGACUACUGGUGUGAGUAUUUCCCUGACUACUCAAACAAAUAAAACGUACUAUACAAUUUGUAUGUCAUAAACGAAGCCACAUGAGUAGCUAUGAAAUUUUCGUUGAACAUUAGUUCAGGGUGCAAGGGUAGGGCUAUAACGUUAUUUAUGUACAUACGGAACCAGAACACCAUUUAUUAUCUUCAAAGCAAGGAACGCAACAAUAACCGUUUUUAUUCGCUGACAUUUAGGAAUCGAUUAUAUAAUACAUUAAACCAUGCAACUCAAGGCUUUCAUACGGCAGAAAUAUAAUCCUGUUCACAGCACCACAUUUUUCCCUCAUAUAACGGAAGAUGGUUAACGAAAAAAGAGAAAUAGCUUAUAAUAUGAUAAUUAUGAUUGUUACAUAGGAAAACAGAAACGGUGAUAAAAUAUGAACGGACGAGUUGUAGCCUCAAAGGACAUUAAUAGUGGCUUUUUUGUUUCCAGUAGAUAUGUCUAAUAAAGAACCAUCCGUACCCUGCCGCGAUGAAACUUAGCCAGGCGCUGACCCACUGAACAGAGUUAAUUAUCUCUCGUAACCUAACGACAGCACUUUUAUGGAUCUCCCAGUUCAAGAUUUGGUGCCGUCAACUCUAAGCCAAUGGCGAUUGCGUUGCUGAACAAAUUCAAGGUUUCGUUUAGUGUCGAAUGCGUUUCCUGCUAUUGAGUCGGUCGGUCGGAUUGAAAAAAAAAAACUAAAAAACAAAAUCACAAGAAGUCUCAGAAUAGGAGUCCCUGGUACCCCAGGACGACGUUAAAAGUCAACAUUCACAUAUUUGGAUUAACAAAAUGCACGAUGUACUGUAAAAAAAAGUUCAUGUCUUUGUUCUUGUUUUUCUCUAUGCUGUUACUAUGCUCAUUUUUCAGAUGAAAAGAAUUAUUUCAAGUGAAAAAUGGUUUAACUACGUCGUUACUCUUUUUUUUGAAAAUGCCAAAAAUUUGGGUCGGUCGGACGACGCUAAACGGAGAAAAAAAAGGAUAGCCUGUCUUCUAAUCACAACUGCCUUGCCAGGCAAAUUCAAUAUUUUUGUGCAUCAGCUUAGCUCUACUCCAAUCAAAAAUGCGUUACUGGGCUAACUUAAAAUAUUUUGCGCUAUCUGUUCUAGGCAAACGACAGCUGCCUUACAAGGCAAACUGAUCUGACUUUGCAAAGCUUGGAAACUUCAACAUAAAAGAAACUUCGACCUUAAAAACAACAUUAAGAACAGUUCAGCCUUUAUUAAGUGAGAACUUAGGAAAAGUAAGCUACAUCCAAAGUUGUCUGGUUCUCAUGAAAAAAAGUGUGACAGAUAUCCUAUAUUUUAAAUGCAUUUGAAUUAUGCUUUGAAAGUUGAUUCUAUUACUUGUUUUCGACGACAGCUAUUUUAUUUGACUGAAUUAAAUUCAACAUCUGAAAUUAAGCCAAGUCUCUCAGUUGCUACAGUUGUGGUACAGUACAGCAAGCUCUUGCAGCCAUUUUUGUCUCGUCACGCAACGCUCCUCCUCCUUUGUUGCGUGACGAGACAAAACACGGCUGCGAAGGAGACUGGCUCAGCACGGAAGUAACACGACGUUUCAACCGUUAUUUCAUUAAUAAUAACAAUAAUAAUAAUAAGAAGAAGAAGAAGAAGAAGAAGAAGAAGAAAUAUUAUUACUAUUAUUAAUAUCAAUAAUUAUAAUAAUAAUUCAAAUGAAGAUCUGGAUCAGCUACUGAUUACUGAGCCACCAUACCAAUUUUGAAAUAGCAUGCACGUCGUUAUUCGGAAAUUAUUACAUUUUGCGUUAUUACAUUAUGCGUUAGAAAAGUUAUUACAAUUUGCGUUGAAAGAUUAUUACAUUUUGCGUUGAAAAUUUUAUUACAUUUUGCGUCAAUGUUAUUACACUUUGCGUUAGUAUUACAUUUUGCGGCGAUUCUUAUUACAUUUUGCGUUAAUAUUACAUUUUGCGGCGUAACACCUACCUUCACAAGAUCUUCAGUUUUCCCGCCUAAACCAAAGAGAACGGUAGGUAAAACAUUGUGCGCAGUGUAAAAAAAAAAAAAAAAAGGAUGGUUUGCUUUCUUUGACUGUUUUAAUAGAUUUCUUUCAAAUCGCUGUGUAUUUCAGCCCCACUUUGUGUAUAUGUGCGAGUGUUUUGUUUAUAUAUCGGAGUUUUAGCACUAAAUAAGAAGACGUAAACUUUAUUGAAAUGAAGACUUUUCAACUCCACUUUCUGUGUGUGUUUUGUUUAUAUAUCUGAGUUUUAGCGCUAAAUAAGAUAUGGGAAGCCAUUUCUCGCGUUGCUAGGUGAUCGCUUCUCUUAUUCCUAUUUGCUUUUAAUAGACGGUCCGAAAACCGGGCUCAAGUUACUUACCGGGCAAGUUUAGGCAAGCCUAUUGUUCCUAUUGUAGUAGAAUGACGCUCAUUAGUAAACCUAUACCGAAUUAGUAUUCAGGAAGACACUGACUGGGCACUUAAUUAGUAUGGAGGAACGCAUUUUUUUCUCUAGGAUAAAACAAUGGGUGACGUCAUAGACUCGACCCUUAUGCCUAUUAAUUAAGGGAACGCACACGGAACGCAAAGGGAACGCACCAACGAGAUUCAGUUUCAAGAUAGUAUACUACUGCUGUGUCCGGGUAUACUUUCUUGUAGGUCUUAGUACUAUUAUUCUGCGGUAGAUCGUUAUGUGAUUGUGUGUCCAUUUUGUAAAUAUAUUUGUAUAUAUAUAUAUAUAUUUUUUUUACUGGUAAAAUUCAAGCGCAUUAUAGACCUUACUUAGAAAAUUAAACUGAAAGAAACAGCGCCGUUGUUCUCGAUUGGCAGAAAUAUUUUUCUUUAGAUGAAGAGGUGAAGAAGCCAGGCUUACUCAUCUUACGUUAGCUCCUUAUCUCUUCAAAGAGAAUCAAAAGUUUUGUUAUUGUUCUUUCCAUUAACAGAACUACGAGAGAGGCACAUUUUCAAUCUUCUUCAACAAAUAGAACAACAAGCUAAGGAAGAUACCAACAAUCAUAAGACUGGGAUCUCCGAAAAU